AGCUGCGGGGGCCGCGCCGUGCGCGCGACUCGGCCGCGAGCCGCAGGCCGUCGGCGGCGAAGUGGGGGCUGUAACUUGACACCGGAGCGAGAGGCCGAGCGGAGAGAGGGAGCGAGAGAGCGGCGGCGGAGGAGGAGGAGAGGAGCCCCAGGGAGCGGGAUGGUGACCACCUUCUUCCCCUCCCCUUAGCGGCGCUUCGCAGCAGCCGCCGCCGCAGCGCCGGGACUCUCGCCUGCACGGGACCGGGGGAAGCCGGCGAUGGGGACGGGACGGGCCCCCUGAGUCACCGCGAACUUUCCCCGCCGCGGGCAGCCGGAGCCGAGCAGGCGGAUGGAGGAUGCGCCCUGCCCGGCGGGCAGCGUGAGCCGGCGGCGGGGGUAGCAUGAAGAAGAAGCAGCAGCACGGCGGCGGCGGGGACUGCCCUGCGCCCCGGCCCCCCGCGGCAGUGGCGGCGGCAGGGGGCCCGAGCCAGGGCGGGGGCUGGAAGCGGCGGCGGCCCCUCUCGCUGCUGCCCUUCCUCUCUCUGCGCGACUACGGCUUCUGCAUGGCCGCCCUGCUGCUCUUCUGCGUGGGCUCCCUCUUCUACCAGCUCAACGGGGGACCCCCGCACUUUCUGCUGGACCUGCGGCACUAUCUGGGAAAUUCCACUUAUUUGGAUGACCACGGACCACCCCCUCAAAAGGUACUUCCUUUCCCCAGCCAGGUGGUCUACAACAGAGUUGGAAAGUGUGGGAGUAGAACUGUGGUUUUGCUUUUGAGAAUUUUAUCAGAGAAACAUGGAUUCAACCUGGUAACAUCUGACAUUCAUAACAAAACAAGACUGACCAAAAACGAACAGAUGGAAUUGAUUAAAAACAUAAGCACUGCUGAGCAGCCCUAUUUAUUCACUAGACAUGUUCAUUUCCUCAACUUCUCAAGGUUUGGAGGAGACCAGCCAGUGUACAUCAAUAUUAUUAGAGAUCCUGUCAAUCGAUUUCUAUCCAAUUAUUUUUUCCGACGUUUCGGAGACUGGAGAGGAGAACAGAAUCAUAUGAUCCGUACCCCCAGCAUGAGGCAGGAGGAAAGAUAUCUGGACAUUAAUGUGUGUAUCCUUGAAAACUACCCUGAAUGUUCCAAUCCCAGGUUAUUUUAUAUCAUACCCUAUUUCUGUGGGCAGCAUCCAAGAUGCAGGGAACCUGGUGAAUGGGCCCUUGAAAGAGCAAAGCUGAACGUUAAUGAAAACUUCCUGCUUGUGGGGAUUCUGGAGGAGUUGGAGGAUGUGCUGCUUUUAUUAGAAAGAUUCUUACCUCAUUAUUUCAAGGAUGUUCUUAGCAUCUACAAAAACCCAGAACAUAGGAAACUUGGCAAUCUGACUGUGACAGUGAAAAAGACCGUCCCCUCUCCAGAAGCAAUACAGAUCCUCUACCAACGUAUGAGAUACGAAUAUGAGUUUUAUUACUAUGUCAAAGAACAGUUCCACCUCCUAAAGCGCAAGUUUGGACUGAAGUCUCAUACCAGGAAACCACGUCCCAGACCUGAGUUCUUCAUUCCUUCUCCCCUGGAAACAGAGGAACCGAUAGACGAUGAGGAAGAAGAUGACGAAAAGUGGCUAGAGGAUAUCUAUAAAAGAAGCAAGUCAUCAUUGCAUAAUACAGUGGCAUUAUCUACCGGAAAUGAGAAGGCAGUGAGCCAUUUGGGAAGAGUGCCUCUCUGCCCCGAGAGCACUGGUAUUCAUUCCACUGAUGCAGUCAGAGCCUUUGCCACGUGUUCACAUCUGAAGAUAACAGGCUCAAAAUUGGGUUAGAUAAUGGCUUCUGAAUUUCUCAGUGUGGGAGGAGUGAGUCUACUAUUCUGGCAAAUUAAUGUGAGUGGACAUGAGGCGAGUUACAGAAACUAGAUAUUUUUGGUAAGCCCUUCUAAUUCAUACAGUAAAAAAAGUCAGUAAACAGCAAGAAUGGAUGAAGAAUUUGAAGAGUUGGGACAGGUGAUGUAAACUGGAGUUUUAUUUCUUGCAGCAAAGUACAAUUCUAUUAGAUUCUGAAGGAAAAGAUACAGUACAUGGUUUUUAUGUUCAGGAAGAGUAUUUGUAGGUUUUUAUUUUCAUUAUGGACCAGAAAUCUAAAAAGGUGUAGUUAAAAAAAAAGGUCACUCAGUUAAAAAAAAAAUUGAAAGAGAUGGAGCUCUGAUUAAGUAUAAGCAUUGUUUCUGUAGUCACAGAAUUUAAUUGUUCUUGUGUGAAGCAGCUGCCCCUACAGGCAUCUGCCUUUUGUAUGGCUAGAAAUAAAAUUAAUAGUAAGGCUACACUCAAACUCUCUAGUUGAAAUACUUCAGAAUUCUAAAACAAAGAGAAGAAGCAGCUUUGUAAAAUUGUCAACUCAGCGAUGCAUUGUUGAGAGAUGCACUGUGAAAGUCUGCCCUUGUUGGUCACUGCAACUAGUAAUGUCAGACAGUAGGCUGGGGUCAGAAGUGGGAGCAGCUCCCAUGUGCAGUGUCUUCAAGAUAAGUGUCCUGGGGCUCCUGGUGAUGAGCAGCUCAGAAUUGACUUCAAUGGACAGAGCCCAAUAGUAUUAGGGUUUCUCAGUGAGGCCUUAGCCUUUUAUGCAUGCUUUUGCUCAGAGGAAGCUAACCAAUACAAGAUAAUAGCAAUAAGCUCCUGUUCCAGAGCACAGGAAAGCAGCUCCUUGGCAGGAUGAGUCCCAUUGAGUAACACUUCAGGAGUAAGGCUGCUGUGUCCAACUCACUCAUUUCUUCUGAAACGUCUGCUGGGCAAUUUUGGCUGCUCUAGAGCAGUAUGACUUCUGUCUGCAAGGUCACCCUUCAGUGUGAACUAAGAGGCAAAAGUUAUCUUGUGAUGGACGAGGCAAAUAAACUCAGGCUAAGCUCAGAUGUGUUUUGUCAAGAGUUUCCUCUGCCACAAUCCUGCUGAGAUCCAAUACCAAUUAUGACCUGUUUCCAUCACCAGUCAGUCUUUACUGUACGUACAUACAGAGAACAAAAAUAAAGAAGUGUAAUCAUGUUGAGAAAAGGUGUUUAUUUGCAGAAAAUGCUACAUAGAAAAUUCUAUUCUCAUUAACAUCCCAAGUUGGUGGUAGAAAUACACUACCAAAAGGGAGUACAUUAAAGAAAACUGAAAGUGGCAUGGAUAACAACUAACCUAUUAGCUAAAAUAUGAAUCUGCUGCAUUGUAUAUUUUAAGUGGUUUCUAUGAAAUUACAUUGAAAGAGUAAUGAUGAGUUUACACACUGUGGAAUUGUUAUAUCUUGGAAAGAAUAUUAAUAUUCUCGCCUCUCAGAAGUUCUAUUUGACACUUUUUGCCAACGCUGUAACGGAGUAAUCAGUCACUUAACACAUUCCUGCAAGUUCACUGCCACUUACUGUUAAGUCUAUUUUUAUCUGUUUAUUUAAUGGCAUCUUCUGCCAUCACUACUUAUAACCUAAAUACAAAAACUGUUAAACAAUUUACUUGCUAGGUUUUAAUGUUGUAUUUUUCAUAACAAUUAACCUGGCCCCUCCUCCUUGAAUGGUACUUCAUAAGUUUAUCUGGCACACAUCUAAGAUUCCUGAUCCUACAGCUUACUUGUCUGUCAUUAAACACAUUUUACAUAAUUGUUAAAAGGUACCUGUGAAGCUGGUUUAUCUUUGACUUAUUUAUUGAAACUUUCCAACACAUUCCAAAUUUUAAGUUGCUCAGGAAGAAGUUGAUUUAAAAGAUUAUAUUUUGAUCUGAUUAAUGUUUCUUAUUCAAAGAAAAACAUUGUUUUUAAUCCUUUAGCCCACAACAGCUUUGUAGGAAGUGCCGUGCAUGUACUUGUAAAUCUUCGUUGGGAGAAAAAGGUGGUUGCUUAACAUUUAUGAAAAUAAGAAAAUAUAUGUGUACUUCAGCUUAGCUAUAAGUGAAAGCAAGCAUAUUUUGGGAUGAAAUAUUCCUUAACUUAUUCACUACCAUCUCCUGAAUUCUGAAUAAGCCAUAUGACUCUAUUUUUCAGUCCAGCGAUGGUUAAAAAUAAAACUUGUGCAUUUCUUCUUA